UCCCGCCAGUCCAUCCAGAAGUACGUGAAAAGCCACUACAAGGUGGGCCAGCAUGCCGACGCCCAGAUCAGGCUCUCCAUCCGGCGCCUGCUCGCCGCCGGCAUCCUCAAGCAGACCAAAGGGGUCGGCGCCUCCGGCUCUUUCCGCUUGGCCAAGGCCGACAAGGCAAAGAAGUCCCCGGCCAGGAAGAGGAAGAAGGUGGCCAGGAAAUCCACGUCGCCCCGGAAGGUGGCUAGGCCCAGGAAAGCCAAGUCACCAGCAAAGAAGCCCAAAGCUGCCACCAGGAAAGCCAGGAAGAAGUCAAGGGCCAGCCCAAAGAAAGCCAAGAAGCCAAAGACUGUUAAGGCCAAGUCGCUGAAGGUGUCCAAGCCCAAGAAGGCAAAGCGGUCGAAACCCAAAGCCAAGUCCAGUGCUCGGAAAUCACCCAAGAAGAAGUGA